GUCGUCAUUCGUACAGCUGCUGAGCUUGACUGCGCCUGUCACCAAGUCCGACGGAUACCCUACGCCUCAGCGCGGCGGACAGCACCAACGAUGUUCGGCGGCUCUGGAACGAACCCCUACGACGACCUCGUCAAUAAGGCGACGGACGAGAACUUGACAUCCGAGAACUGGGAGAUCAUCCUCAAUCUCUGCGACAAGGUCACCGAUGAAGGCCCCGAAGGCGCACGCAGCGCCCUGGCGUCACUCCUCAAGCGACUCGUGCACAGGAACCCCAACGUACAGCUCUACGCGCUCUCCGUCGCGGAAGCGUUGUCCAAGAACUGCGGUGUAGAGGUCAAUCGCGAGAUCGCCAGUCGCGCGUGGACACAGGGAUUGGAGAAGGUCAUCACCGACAGGAAUACCCAUGACAAGGUCCGCAAGCGGGCUCUUAGCCUCAUCGCGCAAUGGACGGAUGAAUUCCGGGACGAUGAGACGCUCGGAAUCAUGGAGGAUUGCUACAAUUCCCUGAAAGCGAAGAACUACAAGUUUGAAACGCCGGAUGAGCCACCACCUCCAGCGGUCGAUGACGAGAUUAGGCGGAGGGAAGAAGAGGAGCUGCAACGCGUCCUGGAGAUGAGCAUGCAAGAUCGCGGGGGGCGCGGCGCAUGGUCCGACUUCACCUCCAACGGAGAUACGGCAGGCUCAUUCGGCAGCGGCGGGGGAUACAGCGGUGGGUAUGCACCCGCCGCCGCCCCAGCUGCCGCUGCCGCUCCCGCACCUGCUGCACAACCAUACUCUGCACCCCAAUCAGCCGUAUCGCACGUAACCUCAUCUCCUGCACCUUACAGCGCGACGCCCGCAUAUUCAUCGUCCAUAUCAUCCGUGGGAGCGACGACUACGACGAGCUCUCCUGCAACUCCUGCACCUGGACAAGGGAACGGAAUCAUCACCCGUGUGCGAGCAUUAUAUUCCUUCGAACCGACCGAGCCGGGUGAACUGGCAUUUGAGAAGGGUGACAUUAUCAAGGUCGUAGACCGCGGAUACAAGGAUUGGUGGCGUGGUCAAUCCAAGGGCCGUACGGGCAUAUUCCCUGUCAACUACGUGGAACCCUUGCCGGAGCCGUCAGCAGCUGAACUCGCGCGCGAAGCGGAAGCGGAAGCCGCAGUCUUCGCACAAGCGGUUAAUGUAGAUCGCUUGCUCAAUAUGCUGAAGUCGCUCGAUCCUGCACGCGACAAUUUGGCGGACAACGAGGAGAUACAGGAGCUCUACCAUUCUUGCAUGUCACUUCGCCCGAAGAUUGUCAAGCUCAUCGACAAGUACAGCCAGAAGAGGGCCGACCUUGUGUCAAUGAACGAGGCCUUCGUACGCGCUCGUACCAUCUUCGACAGGAUGAUGGAGGAUAGCUUGCAGCGCAACACAUACGAGCCGAGCCCCUACAGUGCGCCUGGCGCUUCCCCUUACGGCCAGCGACCAGACACUGCUUAUGGCCCUCAGCGUCCCGACUCGCGUGCGGCGGCCCAGUAUGCUGCAUAUCCACCGCAACCGUAUGCCCAGCCGGGCUACCCAUCUCCUGCGGGGUAUGAAGGCUACCCGCCACCGACGCCGGGAGCCGCCUAUGUACCGCCAACCCCAGGAUAUCCUCAAGGGGCCUAUGGUCCCCAGCAACCUGCGGGUGCACCUGCAUACGGCCCUCAACAGCCCGGACCUUACGGAUACCCGCAGCAACCCCCGCCCCAGGGGUACACUUCGCCACCGGGUGCUUAUCCGCAACAGGCAGCAUACUCUGGACAGGGUGGCCCGCAGUCGUAUCCGCCUCAGGCCGACCCUCAGGCGCACGCGCAAGCACCACCUCAACAAAGCCCCAACAUUCCGCCCCAGAAGCAGCCCUCCUUGGGACCCGCUCCCUUCCAGCAGCCUCAGCAGGCUCCUGCAGGCUAUCCUGAGCCGACCGGCUCGCCUGCUGCUGCACCGCAGCCGUACGAGAACCCCAUACCCACUCAACCUUACGGUGCUUCGCCCUAUCCCGCGCAAGCUGGUUCGCCUCAGCCGCAUGUUCAGCCUCAAGCUACGCUGUCGCAGCAAUCAUUGCAUAUCCAGACUUCGCCGCAGCAGCCUGAACCCCAGCAGCAGCAACCGGUGCAGCAGCAGCAGCAGCCGAUCCAGCAACAGCAGCAGCCUAUCCAGCAACAACCCCAGCAGGUUCAGCAGCAGCCUCAGUCGGCAGUACAGCAGCAGCCAGCGGUACAGCAGCAGCCUCAGCUUGCUCAGCAACCUAUCGCGCAGGAGCAGCAACCCAUCACGCAGGGACCUCCAUACGUGUACGACCCGCAAGCGAAGUACGCGGACCCGAACGUCCAGGCGUGGGCGAACUACUACGCUCACGGCGGUCGCGACCCUGCUGGCGCUGUCUACUUCUUCAGCGUGCCAAGCGUCACAGAAGAGUUGCCCAACCCGAACGGGCCACCGCAGACUAGCCAGCCGCAAGCGCAAGGAGGCGAUAACGCAUCGACACUGCAGCGGGCAGACUCGAGCGGCGGCGCGUCCGUACUGAGCGCAGGAGCGUCUACCGUGCGCGCAAAUUCGAUAGGCGGCGCGUCGAUGAUGAGCGCGGCGACCGUGCAGCCGAGUGCUGGACCCGAGCUCGCGAACCCGCAUGCGGCGCAGCCGGAGGUCAGCGCGGCCAGCCCUUCGUCGGCGGCACCUGCGGAGGCUCACCAUGCAUCGACGCCGUCGUGGGUCCUUCCUAAGCGUACACCUGGUACAGGCUUGAUGGGUGGUGCUCCGCGCAGUGCCUCUGGUGGUGCAGAAGAUGGUGUGCAUGGCAUGCAGGGUCAAUUUGCAGCGAUGAACGUGGGCAGUGGCGCAGCGUAGUCUUGUGUUUGCCGUUGUGUUCUGAAGCCCAGUCCCUCCACUAUUUAUCUAUUCCUCUGUUAUACCUUCUUUGAGUAACAAGGAACACUUAUGUGCUUGGCAGACUACCUGUUCGCGCCUAUUCGUUUUCUGCAUACUAAGAGACCCCUUUCAGCCCGCUGCCGAGGGCAGCUGACGCGACCGUGGCACGCACAUGCGUGAUGUCACGGUUCAUCUCAACUCCUUAUUCAGGCUCUGACCCUUGCGCUGAC